AUGAUAGGCUUUAAAACGUUUCGAGCACCCGAUUCAGCGGCAAGGAAAAAGCUUCUCUCUGGAGAAGGAUAUUUCGAUUCUAGUCUGGCAGCAAAUGUAUCUGGUGAAGAUGUAUUAAUGAGUAAGGCGGUGGCCGGUCGACUACCGGGUCGAUGCCUGCCAGGCGACUUCGACUGUGGAUUCGGCCGCUGCAUACCGAUUACAUCAUUCCACGAUGGUAAACCGGACUGCUACGAUGGCAGCGACGAAUGGUGCUUUUUCGGUCAAGUCAAAUGCGGCGCGUAUUGUGUUGAUGUAUCACAGGCGUUCAGCUGUUUGUUCUCAUCCAGAUGUGACGACUCAAACCGUCAACCAUCAUGGUGUUCCGUGUCGAAAGAAAAGCUAUGCGGAGAUCCCAGUGCAUUUCCAUGUCGUGGAUAUGGCGAAUGCGUACUAUGGCCAUGGUUGCUCGACGGUGAAAAGCACUGCAUCGAUGGCAGCGACGAAGAUCAACUCUACGUUCGUGCAUUGGAGUUCUCAUUCCGAUGCUACUACAAUCGAACGGGAAAUGUCGCAAUGCCACCACCUCUCAAUUACACCGAUGGUUUUCUGAAACUUGUCAAUCCCAUUCCGCUACCUGGUAUACGACCACCUCAAUUUCCCACUUUAUUUCCGCCGUUGCCUACGUUACCUUCGUCAACUUUGUAUUUAACUUCAUCGCCGUCGUCUUUUACUCAACCACCUCCAGUAGAGCUUUCGAAAAUUACUGGUCUACCGCCAUUGCCACCGCCAUUUCCGUCAUUGCUGCCAUCAACACCGCCAAUUUUCCCUUCAACGAUUCAAUCGGGAUCUAAUCCUACUGUGCCGACUGAACCCACUGUAUUCGUGCCUGAUACCAUUGAAUCUCCAGAUGAUCCAUUUACUAAGAUAAUAAGUCGACCGCUACCGCUACCGUCUACCUCUACCCAACCACCGCCCACAACAAUUUCCCCAGAUUACUCUACUGGACAAGGUACAAGCAGCUCAUUUCCUUCACCUGUCACUCCUACUACACAUUUGCCUCCAGAAGUUAGUCUGGCAAUCGUAUCCCCCCAGACAAAACCUCAUAUACGAGGCCGUGUUACGACAACAUUUAACACACCAGUAGCUACUACCACCUCUUCUGACAAGCUCACUCAUAUUCAUGUGGGAGUUGGAGGAAAUAACCCUGGCGAUAAUGGCCCCAUUUCCUCCACAUCUAGUAAAGGAACAUCUGAAGCAGAGACCUCCUCAUCAAGCAAGGGAACAUCGGAACCAGAGAAUGAGAAGCAAGGAAUGGAUUCGACCAUAUCGAAGCUUGAUCCAAAGAAUACCCAAAGUACAAAUGACUUGGAACUUUCAAAACAAACGACUGCCUCUCCAGCUGACGCUUCUGUCAAAGGGGGCUCUCCCAACGACAACACAAUACCGUGGCCAGACCUUCAGGGAGCAGUCAAUCCGAGGUUCCGUAUUACUACAAGUACCCAGAUCAAUAAAAUCGAUAAUGACCAUUCCGAUAAGUCAGAGACAGCGCUGUCAUCAAAGGGAGUCAACACUGCCGGAGUGGCCGGCCCCAACACGGGAACGCCAGGGGCACCGUCGCAUCCGAACCCUGGCACUGCCGGGUCACCCGGAUCUGAAAGUGGCAGUCAGUCUACUACGAUGGCUUCUGAUCCAGCAGCAGAUGAAAAUUCGAAAACAACUUCAGCGAACUCUUGUCUUGCGGAAUUGAUUAGAACAUCCAAAAAUCGAUAUCCAUCUCGUGAAUGUCAAUGUCCAACCGGAGAAAUGGAACUGAAUGAGCGCUGCGAAGCCACUGAGGAUAACUUGGCGUUUUACAAGCUUGAUAUCCACUCAGCCUGUGGUGAAGAGACGCUAACACCCGAUCAAAAGAAAUGGAUUGCCAUUGGAAAGUUGGGUGAAACUACGAAAAUCCCGUCAUGUGUGAGAAUGAGCUCCAGUGGGGAUGUCAUCGUGAAUUCGAUGUGUGGCUCGGCCUGUACUCUAUCAUAUUUUCAAAACAUGAUGCAGGAAGAACCAGGAAGCAAGAGAUCAAUCGCCGUUGAAGAAGCACCUCUCUGCGAGGAUCCCUCAACAAAUUAUUGCCACGCUCAGGCUGAAUGUCAUGUAGAUGAUGUCCGAUUGACAUGUCGCUGUAAACCAGGAACUAACGACACAUCAGAUGGGCUGGGAAGAAUUUGUGAAGGACUUAUAGCUGAUGACGGCUGUAUCAUGAUACUCGGAGCAUGUCUAAUAUUCUGGUUGAUAAUCCUUUUGGGAUUACUCCUACUCAUACCGCUUAUACUACUUCUAUUACUCCAUUGUUGUCCUCGUCGGAAUAAUUCCGUUCAUCCGAAGAAAGCUGGAGUCGGUGUGAAGGGCAAGAAAGGGAAAAAGGAGAACAGACAUGUUGCUGCUAUGAUGUCCAAUUUACUAGCGGCGAGUGCUGGAGGACAACGACAGAUGGCUAUGAAAAUAGCUAUGACUGACUUGGAUAAGAAGGACAAAAAGAAACACCAUCAUCGUUCAUCAAUCAAACCUAGCACCAGUGUGGAGGUCGUAGACGCUAAAGAUAUGACAUCUGCAACUGUAAUCAACCACUCUUCAAAUACCACCCAGCAAGCUGCAGCAGCUAAUGUUAAGCCUACGAAAGAAAUUGAGUCGAUCCCUGGCACAGUGCAAGCUCCCGUCGGUGAAACACCAAUUCUUGAGAAGGCUGGUCCUCCUGGGAUUGCUGUUCAAUUGCCUGAAACUAGGCCACCAGAAGCAAGAAAUAUUCUUGCAAUGAAGUCUGUUUCACAGCACUCGCUUGCCGUACCAGAACUAGUAAAUAACACUUCAACUACUCUUACUCCAUCAAUAAUCAGUAGUCCACCGAUUAUGCAAGAGACAUCAUCAGUUCCUGCUUCUGCACCUACGUCUACCGUAGCACCUCCAACACAGCCGCUUACGUUUGUCGAUUCACCAGCUUCGCACUCAACCGCUUCACUGAAUCCAUUGACACCACAGCCACCACCUCCCCCUCCACCUCCACCUCCACCACAAACAUUCCCAGCUACUGUCGAAGUACAUCGAAACAACGAUACCACUGAGAGUUUUACCAAUGCUCCGAUCCUAACCGCUCAAUCAUCGAAAGACAAACAGCCAUCAAAAGACCAAGUGCCACCGCAAAUGAAAGAAUCACCGAAGGACGAAGUGCCACCAACAGCACCUGCAGCCAGUGAAGAAGCAAAAGAAAUGAGGUCAAAACCUGGAACACGAGUCACGACUCCGACUGAACAACUUCAACGGGCAAUUUUAGAGGAAGACAGUAGCACUUCGGGUGAUAUUCCACUCCCAGCUUCCGUGCUCAGCGGAUCCUCCUCUGACAAGGCUGAAAGGGAUGCCAAACUGGCCGACAUGCUCGGAGUUACGCAUAGCCCACCACCAGGGCCUUCCGAACCAUUCCCAACCGAUACUGGUAUGCCGAAGACCGAUGAGCAGAUCGUGGAGGAAAUAUCACGUCAAGGCGUUGUACUGCCCAUUUCACCCCAUGACAUCCCUGCUCUAUCGUUUGAGGAUCGAGUUACGGAACGACCAAAAGCAGCAUCAGCCGCUAGAACUCGACCUUCUAAACAGACGUCUGCUCCACGAGGACGUCCACGUCCUACCGUUCCAAAUGUGCGUGUAACCGAAUCGGAACGUGCUAAAUUUACACCACAAAGACGAGCAAAGCCGACUAAACCUACACCACCGUCAACCAGCGCCGUGUUUGUGCCGAAAAAAGCUCGUGAACUACAGAAAUUGAAAGAAGCCGUCAAGAAACCGGCACCAAUCCGGAGGUCGGCCAAGGCAGCUACUGAAGCUCGACAACUACUUAAGCCGCCUGAGAGGAAAAAGCACAGUUCUACGGAUGAGAGUGAGCCUGAGGUUUUCCCCUCCAAGCGUGUUUCGGAGUCUCCAGGGAGACAUCCGUCGACUUUGGCAAGAAGAAGACAGCGAAGACCUGAACGCCAGCUAUCCAGCAUUUCUGAAAAGAGUGCUGAGAUAGCAGCCGAAGCUGCGUUACAGAAUCAGCCACAAGACUAUUCUAUAUCUGCACCGAAUACGACACGAUCACUCUCGGAAUGGCAUCAAUACGUUCAGAAGAAGACAUCAGGUGAAGAUGCAUCUGACUCUCCAACGGACAUUGACAUACCGAGUGGUAUGAGGUUCCGUUUGUCGACGUCAAAAUCACGAGCUACGAUUGAUCGUCUGAAGGAGAAACGAACUGAGCCAUUUGCAACAUGGAAACCACCCGUGAAAGCUGAAGAACCACCCGGUCCAUCGUGGAAACCGCCUGUGAAGGCUGUAAAAGCUGACGAGCCGCUCCGUCCAUCGUGGAAGCCACCCGUGAAAGCUGCAAAAGCGGACGAGCCGCUCCGUCCAUCGUGGAAACCUCCUGUGAAAGCUGCUAAGGCUGAUGAACNCCCCCAUCCAUCGAGGAAACCCCCAGUGAAAACUGGUGGACCAUCCCGUCCACGGAGGCUAUGUGAACUCUCAUCUUCUGAAACAUCAUCGAAAACCUCACCAACAAUGCAGCAACCGGUCCGAAGAAGUCGCUCUCCCCUCGUAGCAUCUCCCGACAUUCCAGAUGUCACACUCCGUCGUUCCAUGGAUCGCCUAGAUCAACUGAAAAAAUCUCCGCCCCGUGGGUCUAUGACAUCACGCUCACACAUCAGGCAUCGUGCUAGCUCACACAAACCGUUCAGAGAUUCUGCUAAAGAACGUAUUACUCGUCCAAAGUCAUCAAAGGACGAGUUCUUUUCUUCGGGGUCGGUAUGGGAAAGAUUGUCAGAUCCGGACAGUAUUAGGAAGCCGGGCAGAAGGACAUCUACGGAUACUGACAUAUCGAUGUCGUCGAAAAAUCUACACCGCCAUGCUCUCAUCAGUCGAAAGAUCGCCAUACGUCGUCAUGAAACGCUCAUCACGAAGUCCACUAGUGAUCUUACAGUAAGGCCGUAUAGCUCACGUCGUCUGAGCCAAACUCGUCAGGCUUCUCGUUCGGCCGACGACCUUCAUCAUCGCCCUCGAUGGGAUUCGUCACCGUAUCGACCCGACGAUCACCUGCAUUCGGAAUCUUUUCUACCGGGAAUCAAAACCACGAAAAGACCCCAUAGGAAAAGUCGGUCCGUGCUGACUACCCCACGAGGUUCAGUACAUCGUAGUAUGAGUAAGUUUUCGUUGACGAGUUUGCCGACUCGAUCGAGUUCGACAUUUGAGUUAUCGCCUUAUUUCACUCCGGGAGAAAAUAGCAACAAACCACCUAAAGAGAGUCUAUGGUGGACACCAGAGCCACGGUCAUUCAGGUGA